AUGCUUCACAAUAAAAGAAACCUCCACAGCCGGAGAAGUCACCGAAAUGAGAAGCUCAAGCACUGCAGUGAAGAAAGGGGCCGGCCUUUGAGCGACAACGAUGCAAGAUGGCAGCCACCACGGGCUCGGACAAUUUAUGAAAACCGAAUAUACAGCCUUAAAAUAGAAUGUGGACCUAAAUACCCAGAAGCACCCCCCUUUGUAAGAUUUGUAACAAAAAUUAAUAUGAAUGGAGUUAAUAGUUCUAAUGGAGUGGUGGACCCAAGAGCCAUAUCAGUGCUAGCAAAAUGGCAGAAUUCGUAUAGCAUCAAAGUUGUCCUGCAAGAGCUUUGGUGCCUAAUGAUGUCUAAAGAAAAUAUGAAACUCCCUCAGCCACCUGAAGGACAGUGUUACAGCAAUUAAUCAAAAAGAAAAACCACAGGCCCUCCCCUGCCCCCCAUUCGAUUUAAGCAGUCUUCAUUUUCCCCAGUAGUAAAUUUUCUAGAUUCGUCUUGUAGACCUCAAAGUACUGGAAAGAAAGCUCCCAUUCAAAGGCAGUUUAUCUUAAUAUACUGUAAAUGAUACUAAUUUUUUUGUCCAUUUGAAAUAUA